AUGAAUUCAAUCUCAAGAUCAAUUUUGAGGUUGGUUUUGAGGUUAGAGCCAGCAAUCAAAGACGAAGAAAACAUCGACUACAACUUACAAAAAGACACCUCUCACCCUAAUAUUUCUCUAUUCUUGCUGCUACCAAAUCCUCAAAACAUCGCUCCACCAAAAGUGGUUACUGAUUUAAAUGACACUGAAUUCUCUUCCACAGAACUAGAAGCACCAAUCAAUGCUUUGGAUCCAACUGUCAAUCAAAAUACAUCAUCCUCGGCGUACUUCCAUGUCCCCAAUCAACCCAAAUUGAGAUUGAACCAUUACUUAACAAUUUAA